AUUGUAUAGAAUUAAUUUCAUCCAUAAUCAAAUCAAGUUCAAACUGGAUUAUAGUUAACGAUGUAAUCUAAUAUUAUAACUUAGUGAUUAACCUAUGGAAACGCCAUCAACAAUUAAAGUAAUUGUAAUUUGUUUGGUCUUGUUACUUGAUUUUUAUUUUUCUAUUAAUUAUUGAUUGAUUACUAUUAAUUACUAUGUACCUUGAGAUGGCAGUUUUCAACAAUUAAGCUUCAACAACAUGAUUUGUCAGUAUUUUAAUUGUUGAUUAGUCAAGUUAAUUAUCAUAAACCAUGGAAAUUGUUUUCUUUUUUACCUUAUAAAUCAACAACCGAUUGGAGUGAGAGACUAAAUUGUUUGAUUUAAUGGUGAAAGACAGAAAAAAAUAAACUAAAUCAUUGAUACAAUUAAGUACAACCCAUAUGAUGAUCAAUGAUUACUUGAAAUCUUUAUCAUCAUCGUAACAAUCAGUGAAAUCAUAAUUAUUUGUGUACAUUGACUGACGAAAUAUGACAAAAUUAACCAUCAUCAUUAAAUCAACUAACAACAACAACAAUUAGAACGAGUUAAUUGUGAUCAAUUAGUGAGAGAAAGAGAGAGAGAGAGAGAGAGUCAGAGGUAAUCAACUCUCACAAUCACCUAAAGACUUAUUGGUUAGUUAAUUAACCAAAAGUCUUUGAUUAAAUCAUGUUGAUUAUUUAUUCUUAACAUUGUAUGAAUCCUCGACUCGUUUUAAUUUGAUUUUUAUACAUAUUCUUUGUUAUCAUUAACUAAUCAUCGACACAAUCACCUCCAUAAUUGGUUCAAUUGUAAAUUGUGAUAUCAACUCGUCAUUCUAAUUGUUAUUGUAAUUAGAAUCGUUCCUAUCAAGGAUUAACUGGUUAUCCAUCGACUUCUUGGUUUGAUCCAUACUCGACAAUGGAUGGACUAUUUCGAGGAUUGUCCAAGUUAAUCAAAAUCACGCCAGUGACCAACGACGAUAUCGUCUUUCGACUUCAUCGACAACUCACCGUUUUAAUACUCUUCGCCUUUUCCAUAAUAGUGACCGCUCGUCAGUAUAUCGGUGAUCCAAUUGACUGUUUACCCAAAAGUGAGAUUUCAUCUGACCUACUGGACACUUAUUGUUGGAUCCAUACCACGUUUAGUAUUGAAAGUGUGAAUAAAACGAUCGGAACGGAAGUUCCUUACCCGGGAAUCGAUAAUUCAAGAGGUUCUGAUCGUGUUCACCAUUAUUAUUAUCAAUGGGUUUGUUUUUUCCUCUUCAUUCAAGCUCUUCUUUUUUAUCUUCCUCGAUUCUUAUGGAAAUCGUUUGAAAAUCAUCGUUUAUCCUCCAUCGUUAUGGAUCUUCAUUCACCGAUUUUAUCUCAUGAUGAGAGAUCGAGACAAAUUAAAAUCUUCAUCAAUUAUUUCAUCGCUCAUCUUGGUUACAAUGGGAUUUUCACUUUUCAAUAUUAUUUCUGUCAAAUCCUUUGUUUCGCCAAUGUGGUUGGUCAAAUGUGGGCCACCGAUUGGUUUCUCAAUGGGGAAUUCAGUACCUAUGGUUGGAGGGUUUGGUUUUUCACCGACCAAACUGAUCCAGGAUUAAGGUUCGACCCUAUGGUCAAAGUGUUUCCCACUAUGACAAAAUGCACCUUCUACAAAUAUGGUCACUCUGGUGACAUAGAAAAGUUUGACACAAUUUGUAUUCUAAUUGUCAACAUACUCAAUCAAAAAUUAUAUUUUUUCCUAUGGAAUUGGUUUUGGUUCCUUUCGAUCAUAACUGGUAUCUGGUUGGCCUAUCGCUUGAUCAUCGUUUUCUGGCCUCAAGUGCGUUCCCUUGUUAUUCGUGGACGGUCAAAGAUGAUUAAAAAUGACGAUGAUUUGAAAAUCGUUUUAAGAUCAAUUAGUUUUGCUGAUUGGUUUGUCCUUGAUUUGAUUGCCACCAAUGUUGAUUCAAUGAAUUUUAAAGAUAUCAUUAGAGAAUUAGCUUUACAUUUUAAACCUAAAAGACAACAAUUAAAUCAAAAAACAAUAUCAACAAUUGAUUAGAAGAUCAAAAUACAAACCAAAUUAACAAGCAGAUAAACAAUCAAAUCAGAUUAAUCACAAUCGAUUAAAAAACCAAACAUUGAUCAGAAUUGAAUGAAACAAAUUGACGUAACCAAAAACCAAUUGAAGAAAAUAAAAACAGUCUAAUUAUGGAGAAAAUUAAUUAAUCACAUCAAAACAAUCAAUCCGUCCAAAUAACAAUUAACAACAAUUAACCAAAACAUUGACAAUAUUUCAACAAAUUACUUGUGAUCAAGGGAAAAAGUGACGAGCCAAAUUUAAAGUGAAAAACUUAACAAAUGUUUAAUUCCGUUGAUAAUGAUAAUCACAAUUUAAAUCAUUCUCAUUUUUUAAAAGCUAUUUUUUUAUACCAUCAAAUCAACAAUCAACAAUUAACAAUGUAAUUAAAAAAAACCAUGAAAAGUGAAACAUUAAAUUUGAACAAACGGCAAAUGAAA